AACCUGCAGAACCCAGUGGGAGUUUGCCUUCAUCCCUCCUGCAUCUGAGCUCCAUCUCCACCAGAAGCAUGAGCCGCCAAUUCACCUGCAAGUCUGGAGCUGCAUCCAAGGGGGGCUUCAGUGGCUGUUCGGCUGUGCUCUCAGGGGGCAGCUCGUCCUCCUACCGGGCAGGGGGCAAAGGGCUCAGUGGAGGCUUCGGAAGCCGGAGCUUGUACAACCUGGGCGGCAUCCGGAGCAUCUCCUUCAACAUGGCCAACAGCACCGGAAAGAGUGGAGGCUACGGAUUUGGCCGGGGCCGGGCCAGUGGCUUUGCUGGCAGCAUGUUUGGCAGCGUGGCCCUGGGACCUGUGUGCCCAACUGUGUGCCCACCUGGAGGCAUCCACCAGGUCACCGUCAACGAGAGCCUCCUGGCCCCCCUCAACGUGGAGCUGGACCCUGAGAUCCAGAAAGUGCGCGCCCAGGAGCGGGAGCAGAUCAAAGCACUGAACAACAAGUUUGCCUCCUUUAUCGACAAGGUGCGGUUCCUGGAGCAGCAGAACCAGGUGCUGGAGACCAAGUGGGAGCUGCUGCAGCAGCUGGACCUGAACAACUGUAAGAACAACCUGGAGCCCAUCCUCGAGGGCUACAUCAGCACCCUGAGGAAGCAGCUGGAGGCACUGUCCGGGGAUAGGGUGAGGCUGGACUCGGAGCUGAGGAGCGUGCGAGACGUGGUGGAGGACUACAAGAAGAGGUAUGAGGAAGAAAUCAACAGGCGGACGGCGGCAGAGAACGAGUUUGUACUGCUCAAGAAGGAUGUGGAUGCAGCCUAUGCCAAUAAGGUAGAGCUGCAGGCCAAGGUGGACUCCAUGGACCAGGAGAUCAAGUUCUUCAAGUGUCUCUAUGAAGCUGAGAUGGCUCAGAUCCAGUCCCACAUCAGCGACAUGUCCGUCAUCCUGUCCAUGGACAACAACCGUGACCUGAACUUGGACAGCAUCAUCGACGAGGUCCGCGCCCAGUACGAGGAGAUCGCCCUCAAGAGUAAGGCUGAGGCCGAGGCGCUAUACCAGACCAAGUUCCAGGAGCUGCAGCUGGCAGCUGGCCGGCAUGGGGAUGACCUCAAAAACACCAAGAACGAGAUCUCGGAGCUUACCCGGCUCAUCCAGAGAAUCCGCUCAGAGAUUGAGAAUGUGAAGAAGCAGGCUUCCAACCUGGAGACGGCCAUCGCUGAUGCCGAGCAGCGGGGAGACAAUGCCCUGAAGGAUGCCCGGGCCAAGCUGGACGAGCUGGAGGGUGCCCUACACCAGGCCAAGGAGGAGCUGGCCCGGAUGCUGCGGGAGUACCAGGAACUCAUGAGCCUGAAGCUGGCCUUGGACAUGGAGAUUGCCACCUACCGCAAGCUGCUGGAGAGCGAGGAGUGCCGGAUGUCAGGAGAAUUUCCCUCCCCUGUCAGCAUCUCCAUCAUCAGCACCACCAGCGGCAGCAGUGGCUAUGGCUUCCGGCCCAGCUCAGUCAGUGGAGGCUAUGUGGCCAACAGCGGCAGUUGCAUCUCUGGAGUGUGCAGCGUCCGAGGCGGGGAGACCCGCAGCCGGAGCAGCACCACCGACUACAAGGAUGCCCUGGGGAAGGGCUCCAGCCUGAGUGCCCCCUCCAAGAAAGCCAGUCGGUAGAGGAGAGGGCUGCCCAGGGCCCUCCCACUGUAGCUGGCUCCGGCUCCCACGUGCCCUCUCCCCAGCCCUCCGUCAGUCCCACCCCACUCUGCCCGCCUUGCUCUCGUACCUCUGGUGCUGGAUGUGCCACUCACUCCACCCAGCUCAUGUCUUCCUGAACCUGGACAGGUGAGGAUGACUGAGCUUUGUGAAAUUCUUUCCUGCACGUGCCUGUGUUUGCCUCUUUGGCUCUGGUCCUCCAGCCAUGCCACCGGCUCAGUCCCUGGCUCCCAGCCUUCCAUCCUCUGCCCAGGCUCUGGCUCAGUCACUCAUUACUCUGUCUGGCUCCAUGGGUUUCAAACCAAGGUCCCCCUCUCACACUGGAGCUCCUAAGGGCAGAGCUGGCUUUGUGUUCAGGAAAAGGAGGCUGAAGGACAAAUGACCAAGCAGGGCCAUCCUCCCACCCUACCCUGGCUGGCUCAUGGCUCAUUCUGAGUGAACAAAGUGGAGCCCACAGCACUUUCUUCUCUGCAUCCACAGAGAAGAGGAGGCGUUCAUCUCUCCUUUCUUCCUAAAGGCCCUCCCACUGAUCCUCAAUAAACAGCACAAUCUAA